CAAAGAGAAACCAAGUUAGUUUACAAGCUGAUUUAGUUUAAGAAAACAUUUCCUUAGAGCAUAAAAGAAAAGUUACGAACAUGCCGGGUGUCAAUCCUGAAAUUGAGUUCCCAGCCAUUGAGUUCCGUUCAUCGGAUUUGAAGCGAGGAACUGAAGGAUGGAACCGUUUGUGCAAGAGGGUUCAAGAGGCUUGUGAGACUUUCGGUUGUUUCGAGGUGGUAUAUGAAAAGGUAUCGACUAAACUCCGAGAGGAUGCGUUUGGGUUGAUGAAAGAAAUGGUUGAGCUCCCAGUGGAGACGAAACAGAAGAAUAAUAGUCCCAUGCCUUACCAUGGUUGGGUUGGACCAUGCAAGCAGGUUUCUGUGUUGUAUGAAGGCUUUGGAGUUGGAGAUGCCUCCAACUAUGACUCUGUUAAAAGUUUUGCUCAACUUAUGUGGCCUAAUGGUCACCCACACUUUUCUGACACUAUUCAUACCCUAGGGACGCAAAUGGAGGAGUUGAACAAGUUAAUUUGGUUAAUGUUAAUUGAUAGUUAUGGAUUAGGGGAUGACUCAUUGAAGAUGAACUACACAACGUUGGUGCGGAUGAUGAAAUAUAUGGCCCCUCCACCAGGAGAGUAUGAAAGAGGACUCUUUGCUCAUACUGAUAAACCAGUAAGCACACUCAUUUGUGAGGAUCAAAUUUCAGGACUGGAAAUUGAGGUCAAUGAUGGUCAAUGGAUCAAGCUAACUAAUUUAUCUCCUUCUUCCUUUGUAUUUGUGGUUGGAGAUCCCCUCAAGGCUUGGAGCAAUGGGAGAUUGAAAUCAGUGAAUCACAGAGUGAUGAUGAGCGGAGACAAAGAUCGAUACUCUAUAGCAGCUUUCGUCAUUCCAAAUGAGGGUACUAUAAUCAAGACACCCAAAGAGUUUAUAGAUGACCAACAUCCUCGGCUUUUCAAGGACUUAGAUUUCAUGGAGUUCUUCCUUUAUGCCUUUUCCGAUCCUGCAAGGCACAUCGACAACGGGGAGUUGCUCCAUGUCUUUGCUGGCCUCUCACCACCAGUUUCCAAUUAAAAUCAUGCUCAUAUAGACAAGUAAAAGUUUGGUUUUGGUUUUAAAUUAAUGUUACAAAUAAUAAAUUGAGUCCUAUACUCGAGAUCUACGUUCUCGAACUGUAUUACCAUGUUAUAUUUUGUUAUAAUUGUGUACUACUAAAUCUACUAUGUUGAGUAAUGUUGGUUUUAUGAAAUCAAUAAGAUUGCAGUUCAUGGACUGAACAA